ACCAGGCUUGAUCUACAGCAGUGGUGUGGGUGAGUGAAGCUGCUGCCUUGCACUUCUCGCCUCCCGUGGGAUCUCCCCUGAAAGCUGGCCGGGGAAUGGCAGCUCCACAUCCAGAUGCUGCUUUCUAGACCGGGGAUAAGGUCGUACCUGGCUCUCCUGCUUCACCUUGCUGGAGAAAUCCCAAGCCUUGCUGUCCCCGGCGCCGGGAGACUUGAGCCCUCGCAGCCCAGGCAGGAGCCCGGCGGGCUGGAAGCGCUGCAGACGGCCGGGCAGCUCUGAGCCUCCCCCCACGAUGCUGGAGAACAAAGUGUUCCUGUCAUUCGCGUUCUACAGCACGAUCCUGAUUGUGAAAAUGUACGUCGUUGCCAUCAUUACGGGGCAAGUGAGACUCAGAAAGAAGGCCUUCGCCAACCCCGAGGACGCGCUGCGCAACGGGGGGCUGCAGUACUACCGCCAGGACCCCGACGUGGAGCGCUGCCGCAGGGCGCACCGCAACGACAUGGAGAACAUCUUCCCCUUCCUCUUCCUCGGAGCCGUCUACUCCCUGCUGGAGCCCAGCCCCGCGGUGGCCAGGCUCCACUUCUUCGUCUUCUGCGCGGGGCGCAUGGUGCACACGGUGGCUUACCUCCUGCGGCUCAAGGCGCCCACGCGCUCCGUGGCCUACGGCGUGGCGCAGCUGCCCUGCUUCUCCAUGGCUCUGCAGAUCCUCCUCGCCGCCGCCCCGUAUUGGUAACGCCCAACAAGACCGGCCACCCAAACCCCCCCUCGUCCUGCUCUCUGCAGCUGCGUCGGCGCAAAGAUGGCCCAGGCUGGAGCGGGUUGGGGUGCGGGGGUGCGUGCGGGGGUGCUGCUGGCACUGCAGGGAUGUGCGACGUGGCCGCAGCGAGGUCCCCGUGUCUGCGGUGGAAAAUGGGCAGGGAGUCCCCAGGGGGAAGGGAAAGCAUCCCCAGGGAGAAGGGAGGGGAUGCUGAGCAGGCUUCCCUCGCUCCUGCGCACGUCCUGUCCUCGAGGAAGGGCUUUCAUCGAAGGAAAACGGGUUUUCUGGCUAACUGACCCAGACUGGGGAGGGGAAGAUGUGCCCUUUCUCCUCAGUCACUGACACCCCGUGAAUCAGGAGGGAAAAGCCACAACGGUCCCACGGCUCAACAGAAACCCUUGUUUGGCAGACACUGGGUGCUGGCAGAGGGAGGGAGAAAAGCAAACACCAACCUGGUGCCAGGGGCGGUGCAGAGCCAGCGCAGCGGGGGCGAGCGCAUCCCCCUGCAGCCCUUCUCGCGAGCAGGGGCGGCUGCUCCAGGCUUUGGGUCUCAGCCCCAUCACGGGAUGCACCAGGGACGUGCCCAAAGCAGCCGGCAGGAAUUGCCUGCCCUGCAGGGAGCUGCACCCUCGCACACAUCUGCAUCCGCACGCUGAUGCCUGGAAAGGCUCCGGGGGCCGCGGGGUAAAUUUCUUCUCUUCCGCUUGCAGCCUUUCCCUGGCUGCGGGGCGGCCCGUUGCUGUUUGGGGAACGUGCCGUGGCUGCUUUGGGGUUGUUUUCUUUCCGCUGUCCCCUGCUGUCCACCACUGCCGUGCGCAGCACGGAUCAGCUGGUGUUGGCAGCAAGCUCUGGAAAUGAGCAGAGCGGCUUUGAACACGCGCCCAAAGCCGUGCCCCCGCGGGAGGAGGGUGCUGCUGCUCCACGGCACCACACAAAGGUGUGGUGGUGGAGCACAGAGACCGGAGCCCUGCAGGAGGACAGGAACUGCAGGGGGACAAGAACCACAGGGGGACAAGUAUUGCAGGACAAGCCCUCUCCUGCCACGCAGCUGUCCCUGAGCACCAAGCGGCAGCAGGCGAUGGGGUGCCCCUUUGGAGGACAGGGCAGGAGGGAGGAAGCCUCUGCUGCUCAGGAGCUCCUCUGAGGGCAAUGCAGGUUUUGCUAAGAUCACAGGGAGAAGGCAGAAUGAGCAGAAAAUAAAAUCCCUUUCCACCUGUGCUGAGCACGAAAGCUCUUCCCUUUGCCAUGCUCUCUGGGGUGCUCUUACCGAGAGCUCACAGAGCAUGGGGGGCAAGGGCAGCACAGGCUCUGAGCCCCCACCCAAUUCGGGGAGCAGCCCCCGUGCCAGCCCCAGCAGAGACGUGGCCUUAGGCUGAGCAGUUCGGGGAGGCCUCAGCACAUUGCUCCUGGCCACAUCUCGCCCGCACGGCCCCGGCUCAGCAGAUGGCUGGGUAGUUCCCCUUGUAACAAGCCUUUGCUGUCUCACACGGCGCACAAGGUCUCGAGCCCCCUGUACAUUCCUCUGCUGCCACAUAUGCAUCCUGGUGGCAGGAAGCAAAUAUUCCCAAUAAAAACAAAUCCUUAUGCUCUGA